CCCAAUAUUACCAAUCAGAGGAAAUCGCAUCUCCUCCGAAAACGCGGAGAUGUCUGCGAUGGGAAUUGUAAUCCGAUGACAAACGUAGUACAACAACUGUAUAAACCGCGUACAAAAGGACACGAUUGCUCUCAUACACAGCCUUCAGCAAAUUAUUUGCUCUUCAUACAGUUUCAACCACACAAAAAACCUCGACAAUGGGAAGCCCAACUGUCGUUAUCGUCCCUGGAUCGUUUGCGCCAGCCAAACACUAUCGCGUGUUUACGGAGAGUCUAGGGCGACAUAGUAUCGACUCGCGCGUAAUUGAUACUCCAUCAGUUGGCAAGCGGGGUAAUAUCCCGCCUGCGACAAUGAGCGAUGAUGUCGAUGAGAUCACCAACGUUGUUUCUAAGCUUCUUGACGGGGGGAAGGAGGUCGUUCUUAUGACCCAUUCCUAUGGAGGUAUCCCUGGAACACAGAGUCUUGGCAAGCUUUCACGAAAGGCUCGCGAGGCUGGGGGAAAGCAAGGAGGAAUCGACAAGAUCAUAUACCUUGCGUCUGUCAUCUUGCAACCUGGUGUUUGCAACUUGGAUACAUUUGGAUCAGCCCUGCCUGACUUUCUCGAUCUCAAGGAUGACUACAUGACUCUUGAUCCUAAGGGCCACGCCACUCACACCUUCUCAGACUUGCCUUUCGACGAAGCUCUUGACUUGGCGAAGCAGAUGCCAGAGCAUUCAACAGCAAGCUUUCGAGAACCACUAACCUAUCCUGGGUAUAAUGAUGUCGAGGUGCAUUACAUAGUUUGCGAACAGGAUCAGAUUAUCCCGCCUCAGUUCCAGCGUGGCAUGAUUGAAGCUGUCAAAGCGUCAAGUGGAAGGGAAGUUGGAGUGCAUAGCUUCGAUAGUGGACAUGUACCCACGGUUAGCCAGCCUGAUAACGUUUCAAAGGUUGUGAAGGAGAUAAUUAGGGCUUGA